GGCGCACCGGCUCCAUAGACAGAAACAUCGCAUUAUGGCCUCACUCUGAGCCUCCUGAUGCGACAGUUGUGUACAUACCUAACCGGCAAUCCGUCACCAUCGACGCCCUGAUCAUGGACCUCCAGUCCAGAGGCUUUUUUGGGGGCCAUCGGAGUUGUCAUUAGUACUCCCAAAGUACGAUAUUAUUUGAUUUUGAGCACUUUCACUUUUGCACGCCCGGGAUUUAAACCGAGGUGACAGUAGUAGCACUCACCCCAUCUGCCGGUCAGCUAAGCUAGCUCGCUAAGUCCAUAGCCAAGAAGGGCAUCACUUUUCUUUUGGAGUAAAGGACAAGGAAACUACAACACCACUACUUUCUAUAACAGAAGACUGAUCAGAGGCUGAUUUCCCGAGUUCCCAUCUAACUGCAUAUUCUCUAUUGAUUGCUGGCUGGCAACACAAAGCCACCCUAAUGCAGAACCACAAAAGAACGUGAAAUGAACAAACCACCACAGCCUAUAACGGGACCCACUUCCGUCCCCAACCCCUCCCCAUCCCCUGGAUUGACACAGGCUGCCUACGGUCCUGGACAGCCCCCUUCUCUUGUUUUUGCCACCCCCCCACCUCCACAAAUGAACUCUGCACCGCAGCCAAGACAGUUUGCUGCAGGCCCCCGUACUUUACACCAACAGGGGGGAUACAGAGCAUUACAGAGUUACUAUCAGAACCGACCAGCCCUGGCCCCGAAUGCUCCAAGGGUGCCUACGAGUAGUGGCCCCCGACCUGUCGGACCCACUCACGUCUACCCGCCCAGCUCCCAGAUGAUGAUGAUUUCCCAGCAGCAACUGUCUUUUGCUGGCUCCCCUCAGGGAUACUUUCUCCCCCCUGGACAGUACCGGGCCCCAUAUAUGUCUCCUACACAGUAUCCGGUGACCAGCGGUACAGCAAGCUUCUACCAGGGAACUAGCCCUGCUGAAUACCCUGCUUAUGCAGGAGCAUACUAUCCAGCACAGCCGCAGUACUCGACGCCUGUCCAGCCGGCACCGGUCAUUAUUAACACCGCCCAGCAACAGCCACAAGCCCCGCCUCCUCAGCAACCACCACAAGGGCCACCAAAGAGGGAACGCAAACCGGUAGUGUGUCUCAACAAAAGGGCAGCGCGCCUCUUGUCUGAGAUAAGGAUACGAGACCCCAACCAGGGCGGGCGUGAUAUCACAGAGGAGAUCAUGUCAGGGGGAAGAUCCACCACCACACCAACUCCCCCACAGGCUUCCACAGCAGAAUCGAGUCCUGCACAGACAAACGGUGAAGUUACACAGCCAGCCACUACAGUGAUUAGUACAGAUGAAAACACUGAGCCUCCUGUGAGCGCUGAAACCCCACCACUUCCUGCCACAGCAGAAACAGAGCCUCUGGAGGAAGACCAACAGGAAUCGGAUGACCAGAUGACACCGCCUGCUGAGUUAGCCGCACAAUCUGUAGCCCCUGCAGCCGCUGCUGAGGUGCCAUCCCCAUUGAAAAAGGACCUGCCGUCUCCCUCUCCCCCCCCUGCAGCAGCAGAGCCUACUACUUCUCCUGCUAAGGCCGAAAAUAAAGUUGAUACUAAAUUAAGUGACAUGGUAGACGCUCCUGUCACCCCUUCAACAUCAUUAGCAGCAAAAGAGGCGCCUGUCAAGAAGGAAGAACCACAGGCUGCCCUAGCUCCCGCUGAGAAGGCACUAGAAAAGGAGGAAAAGGAAGUGAAGAAACCGGAGAAAGAGGAGCAGGUGGCCAGCGCUACGUUGGAGCCUGCAGUUGAGCUUGCUGCAACAGUAACCCCCGAAAAAGAGGCAGAAGAAGAAACGACUACAAAGACAGAAACCAAGCUUUCUCCACCCCUGCCCUCUUCAGAGGAACCUGCUGCUGCACAGACUCAGAGUGUCGCCCUGUGCUCUCAAACUGAGCCUGAACCCACACCGGCUGAGGCGGAAGAGCCUCUUCUCUCCAACGGUCUUCCUCAGGAUGCUGAGGAACUCGCUGAUGAUGCGGCAUUAACAGACACUACACCCCUUGAGAAGCCUGAUGCGUCGCCAUCUCAGGAAUCCACACCUGUGGCUAAAGCGGCAAUGCCUGCCCAGGAGGAAGUAGAAAAGGAGGAGGAGAAGAAAGAGGAAGAUAGUAAGGAGAAAAUAGAAGAUGCCCCUCCUGCCACUGUAAGCUCCCCUACAGAGGAAUUUACUAUGCAAGCUGCAACAUCCGUGCCAAAGAAGAGGAAGAACAUGAAGGAGCUCAACAAGAAGGAGGCUAUCGGAGACCUCCUGGAUGCCUUCACAGAGGAGCAAGAAGCCAAGCCUGCUCCCGAACCCUCGUCCGCACAGGCCGACCCGGCACUUGUUGCUCCGCCUGAGCCUCCUGCUGAGGUUGUGGAUGAAACCUGGGAGGAGAAAGAGGAUAAGCAGAACGAGAAACCUAAAACAAAAACUGAGCCAACUGAGCAGAAAUACCAGUACAAAGAAGAACAAUGGAAGCCGAUAGACCCAGAAGACAAGAAGCGGUACGACCGGGAGUUCCUCCUGGGCUUCCAGUUCAUUAGCGCCAGUAUGCACAAACCUGACGGCCUGCCUACCAUCAGUGAUGUGGUCCUGGAGAAGGCAAACAAGACUCCGAUGCGCCCUCCUGACCCAGCUCGAAUGAUGAAUGUUGGUCCUGAUUUUACUCCCUCUUAUUUGGGGAACCUCGGAAGCAGAUCGACGGGUGGACCACGAGGCCCACCACCUGGACCACGUCGCUCCCAGCAGGGUCAGAGGAAAGAGCCCAGGAAAAUCAUCCUCAGCAGCAUGUCCCUCGGAGAAGACAUACAGCUCAACAAGGCUGAGAAGGCCUGGAAACCCGGGGUGAAAAAGUCCACACGAAGCCGCGCCGCAGAGGAAGCCGAAGUCGAAGAUGAAGAUCCCGAACAGGCCAAGACUCGAGAGCUGUUCAAGCGCCUGCGCAGUAUCCUCAACAAGCUCACCCCUCAGAAGUUCCAGGAGCUGAUGAAACAAGUGCAAGAACUGACGAUAGACACAGAGGAGAGGCUGAAGGGAACCAUUGACCUCAUUUUCGAGAAGGCCAUCUCAGAACCCAACUUCUCUGUGGCCUACGCCAACAUGUGUCGCUGCCUUAUGGGGUUGAAAGUCCCUGCCACCGACAAACCGGGAAUUUUAGUGAACUUCCGCAAACUGCUGCUCAACCGCUGCCAGAAAGAGUUUGAGAAGGACCAAGACGACGAUGAAAUCUUUGAGAGGAAGCAAAAAGAAAUGGAGGCUGCCAAAGAAGGAGAGGAGCGGGAGCGCUUGAGAGUGGAGCUGCAGGACGCCAGAGACCAGGCCCGCCGCCGCUCACUGGGUAACAUCAAGUUUAUCGGCGAGCUCUUCAAGCUGAAGAUGCUGACAGAGGCCAUCAUGCACGACUGCGUAGUGAAACUACUGAAGAAUCAUGAUGAAGAGUCUCUGGAGUGUCUCUGCAGGCUGUUCGCCACUAUCGGCAAAGACCUGGACUUUGAGAAGGCCAAGCCUCGCAUGGAUCAGUAUUUCGCACAGAUGGACAAGAUCAUCAAAGAGAAAAAGACUUCCUCCCGAAUCCGCUUCAUGCUACAAGACGUCUUGGACCUCAGAAGGAGUAACUGGGUGCCUCGUAGAGGAGAUCAGGGCCCUAAAACAAUUGACCAGAUUCACAAGGAGGCAGAGAUGGAGGAGCAUAAGGAAAUGAUGAAAGUCCAGCAGCUUAUGUCCAAGAAGGACGGAGGAGGAGGAGGCGGCGGCGGUGGAGGAGGAGGCGGCGGUGGAGGCAGGAUGGGAGGCAACAUGGGGGGCCGAGGCUCACACACACAGGGAGGCCGUGGUACCAGCCAGCCUCAAGACGAGGGCUGGAACACGGUGCCCAUCUCAAAAAACAGACCUAUCGACACCACCCGCCUCAGCAAGAUCACAAAGCCUGGUUCUCUGGACUUCAACAAUCAACUGUUGGCUCCAGGGGGAAAAGGCAUUUGGGGCAGCUGGGGCAAAGGCAGCAGCGGAGGAACUGGAGCAAAACCAGCAAGCGGAGAGCCAGAAAGUGGUCGUCCUGCUACAAGCACCGUCAACCGCUUCUCAGCCCUGCAGCAGUCUGGCUCCGUGCAGUCUGGCACUGACUCUGAUCGCAGAGCUCCUCAGAGGUCAAGCUCGAGCCGUGAGCGUGGUGGGGAUCGCGACAAGGAUCGCUUUGACCGAUUCGAUCGCAACGAGGGACGGGGGGGUCGUGAUGACAGCAGCAGCCGCAACCAAAUCAGCAAGAGAAGCUUCAGCAGAGAGUCUCAGGAGCGAGGCGGGAGGACCGGAGACCUCCGGGCUGCGACUGAGCCGGUGCGUCGCGUCGCCAGCAUGACUGGCGAUCGGGACCGAGGAAGCCGCGAUCGUGGGAGUCGGGACCGUGGAAGCCGGGAUCGUGGAAGCCGGGAUCGCGGAAGCCGGGAUCGAGGAAGCCGGGAUCGCGGAAGCCGGGAUCGAGGAAGCCGGGAUCACGGCAGCCGGGACCGAGGAAGCCGAGAUAGAGGCGGCGUAGACCGGGCCCCAAGCAAAGAUCUGCCAGGUGACCAACCCAUUAAGCGUGAGAGCGCCCCCACUCCUCCUCCUUCUCUUUCCAAACCUGCCUUGAGUGAAGAAGAGUUGGAGAAGAAGUCGAACGCCAUCAUUGAAGAAUACCUCCACCUUAAUGACUUGAAGGAGGCGUUGCAGUGCGUGACAGAACUCAACUGUACCUCACUGCUCUACGUGUUCGUGCGGAGCGGCGUGGAGUCGACGCUUGAGCGCAGCACCAUCGCUCGACAGCACAUGGGCAUGUUGCUGCACCAACUCAUAAAGGCCGGGGCAUUGCCCACAGAGCAGUACUACAAAGGGUUGGAAGAGACCCUGGAGGCUGCUGAAGACACGGCAAUAGAUAUACCUCACAUCUGGCUCUACCUGGCUGAGAUCAUUACCCCCAUGCUCCAUGAGGGAGGCAUCCCUAUGGGACAGCUCUUCAGGGAGAUCUCUAAGCCUCUGGUGCCUCUGGGGCAGGCCAGCGUAAUGCUGAUACAGAUCCUCAAGUUGCUCUGCAAAGAAAUGACCCCUAAGAAGGUUGGGGCCAUGUGGACAGAGGGUGACCUGAAGUGGAGUGACUUCCUGCCUGAGGGUGAAGACGUCAACGAGUUUGUCACUGAGCAGAAAAUGGAGUUCACCAUUGGAGAGGAGACAGAGGAGAAGAAAGACGAGGAGAAGAAAACCCUGACUGGAGAGGAGAUCAGCAAACAGCUGGAGAGACUCAUCCAGGACAAAGCCAACAACCAGCGCGUCAGAGACUGGGUUGAGGCUAACUUGGACGAGCAGCAGACCACUUCCAACCAGUUCAUACGAGCUCUGAUGACGUCAGUGUGUCAGUCUGCCAUCAUAUGUGACACCCCAUACCGAGUGGAUGCUCGGCAGAUCGGCCAGAGGGCCAGUCUGCUGCAGAGAUAUCUGUGUGACGAGCAGAAGGAGCUGCAGGCCCUCUACGCCCUCCAGGCUCUGAUGGUGCACAUGGAGCAGCCAGCCAACCUGCUGCGGAUGUUCUUUGACGCCUUGUACGACGAGGACGUUAUCAAAGAGGAGGCCUUCUACAAAUGGGAAACCAGCAAAGACCCUGCGGAGCAAACAGGCAAAGGUGUGGCCUUAAAAUCAGUCACCGGCUUCUUCACCUGGCUCCGUGAGGCCGAGGAGGAAUCUGACAAAGAAUAAAAAAGGCUGAACUAAAAGCUGCCGCCCCCCUUUGGCGACGUGGGGGCUCUGCAGGCGGCUGCAGAGAGUCAUGGACAUUAUUGCCAUAGAGGCAGACUCAAAUCAAUCCUCAAUGAGGAUAAAUCUUUAUUAUUUGUUCUUUUCUUCGAGGAAUGGACUCAGAAAACAAUCAUUUCUCUCUACCUUCCCUCUCUUGCUUCCUCAUUAUUCUCCCACCUGCUUGUCACAGCAAGUGUACUCUUCAAAUAAACUUGAAAACUGAUUCAGCAGGAUUGCUUGUUAACGAGGUGUGAAGUAUCUCACAUCACUACAGAACUGUUUUCUCACAAUAAUACAAACCAACAGGCUGCUUUUUUAUGGUUAUAGAUAAUUUUAAUGCCUAACAUCUUAUCUGAUCUUUAAGAAUAAACAGCAGGGCGUGUGGUGUAGUGGAAUCCCAGAAACGUCAUGCCAUAAUGUGUGUUCAACCCAAACUCAGCUCUUAUGUCUUUGUCCCUUACUGGAGUGUGCAGCAUGACUGAAGUGUGUUUCUAUUAAUGAUACAGUGGACGAAAUGUCGAUAGACAAAUGUACAUGAACUAAUCUUAAUUUGAUGGAUGGAGUUUUUAAAGCAAAGGUUGUCUAUUUUCUCUUCCUGUUUCACAACAUGAACUUACAAAGGACAGAAACAUGGAGGACCAGUGUUGAUCUUUGACCUUGACUACUGGGGGGGGGGUCUUAAUGCUUCCUCUAAGCCAUCCUCUCCCAUCCCCAGUGGUGAGCCACACUGACUGACUUUUCAUCUUUACCUCUUCUAUACUUAAACCUGAGCUGUCGUAGAGGACUAAUGACCCAAUCACCCUUAAAACUUGAAAUCUACAGAAAAUUGACUUGAUGAAAAUAUAUAAAGUGUAAAAAAAAAAAAAAAAGCAACACAGAAACGAUCCGAAAGCCUUUUCUACUUCAAGUGGAAACUUAUUUCAGGAGCGUUCUGUAAAUAUAUAAUGAUAAUUACUUCUUUUUUCAGUUUUAUUUUUCAGAAGCGGUAAAUUGCUGAUUUAAUUGCAGUGUAACCUUUUCCAACAGAAACAGCAGUUAUCCGGAUGCAGAGAGGUGCUUUAGAUAAUCCAUUGAUUAUUAGUUGUAUUGGAAUUUUGUAAAUAUUUUUUGCUUUCUUUAUUUAAGAAAUUAUGCUUCUUUUGCAUCGGAAACUGGAAAGAUGAGGUAACAGAACAUUGCAAAUAAAGGACUUAUUAAGUUGC